CUUUACCCUUUGAACGGUGUUGGGCUGUUGGUCUUGGCGUUCCUCUUCUCUUGUUACCUGUUUUGUGUUAGCAUUUCGUUGCGUCGCUGCCGGCCGCUUUCGCUUACUGCCCCAGUCUCUCCAUGGCCGACCCUCGCGUCAGACAGAUCAAAAUAAAAACAGGCGUAGUAAAACGCUUGGCAAAAGAAAAGGUUAUGUAUGAAAAAGAAGCAAAACAACAAGAAGAAAAGAUUGAAAAGAUGAAAGCUGAAGAUGGUGAGAACUAUGCAAUUAAAAAGCAGACUGAGAUCUUGCAAGAAUCUCGAAUGAUGAUUCCUGAUUGCCAACGCAGACUAGAAGCUGCACAUUCUGACCUUGUUCAACUAUUAGAAAAUGAAAAAGAGUUGGAAGAAUCUGAAGAAUAUAAAGAUGCACAAUCAGUACUGAAAUCGAUAAAGUUAGAGGCCUAGAUUGAUUUUCACUACUUAAUGGAUAUUCUUCAAUGUUGGGUCCGUUGCUGCUUUUUAAAGUUUGGUCAUUGCUGUAUAUUUGUUCUAGUAGUAAUAAGAAUGACAGUGUACUAAAAUUGUAUUUUAUGCCAUUACAAAUUAUUUAGCCAUUUUUAUUUACUUUUUUGGGAAAAGCAUUUUAUUGAAAGUUGUAUAAUCAUAGGAGGUAAAAAUAAAAACUAAAAGCAAAACGAAAGAGCAUUUUUCUAAUUAUUUUUAGCACAAAUAAUAUAUCCAGGUUUGAUAUCAACUGCAUUCUCUGCCCCAAAUAAUGAGUACUGUUUCUGAUUCUCAUUUGCACAUAAUUUUCAGGAAUUUACUAAUAUCCAAGGUUUUUAUCCAUUGAAGACAAUGAUGGGCAACAUGCUUCAGUAGCUUUCCCUCAAUGUAGCUGGUAACAAGAAAUAGAAAGAUUGAUUCAAAACAUGAGUGAGGGGAGAUUAACGUUUCUUCUCAGCAAUUAUUGCAGUUGUGAAAAUAUGUGUGCUUGCAUGUAUUGGACCUAUAUAUUGCUGUUCUGUACAUUUGAGCAGCCUCCAAAGGAUUUCACAACCAAUACAGCUGUCUUCUUGUGCCACAUCAAACAACAUGCUCAUUUUUUCCCAAUGGCUGUAGAGAUUUACAUGCCAGCAGAAGGUUAAAAUUGUUUUUUCUGCAAAAUUCUGAUAUCCAGAAUUUAAAUGUUGUAUAUUCAAAUCUCUUAAAACUGAGAAUUAUAUUAAUAUAAAUUUAUUCAAUUGCCAUUCUCCAAAGUGUCCUAAAUAACUUUCAGCACCUUUUAUAUAAUCUUAACACCUGUUUCAGACAAAGCCUUUUACAUUGAUUUCUUUGUUGGUUAGAAUCCUGCAUUAUUGGCGUCCUAGCUCAUGUAUAAUUGUACAUAUAAAGGUUUCCCUUCCUGCACAUAUUAGUAUUAAGUACAAUCGUUUUGUUCAGGAAGCUGUAAUUCCUUGAAUAACAUCAGCAGAGGAUAUGAAUAUUCUGGAUAACAUAAUACUCAAUAUAGCUGUUAUGGUCUCAAAGUAUGCUGAACAGUAUUGCUUUCCUACAAUAUCAGAUUGAAAAACUAAAAUUGGAGAAUAUAUCCCAAAUGACAAAAUUGACAUUAUAUUACAAUAGAAAUUUAACUAAAUUCAAGUAGAAAUGGUUCCCUUUUUUACAGUAUAUCAAAGAGAAAGAUUUAGAUAAGGAAUAUGCUUCUCAGGACUAAUGAUUGAUGCAAAGUUCAAAUAUGGUUAGUGGAUAGGUAUACAAAUGGGAGGGAAAGGGAGGAUAUAUCAAUAAAAGAUAAUUUUAUGUUGUUUUACUACGCGUUUUUAAUUCAAAUGUAACCAUUGAUUCUCUUUUUUUAAAACUUCGUAUUUUAAUAUUUGUU